ACAGUGUUGGGAACGCGCAUCGGAGGCUUGCUGACGUCACUGAAGCGCCUUGGCUUGCUCUCGUGAACUGCUGGCAAAAAAGAUGGCAAAAUUUGAUAGACAACUGUCGAGCGACUAGCAUCUAAAAUUUAUUUAUUUUGCAAUCGAAUGCCUAUUGUGUAAUUGUUUGGGGAAGCGAGGCUGAUUUUCGAUGGUAGCAGACGACAAAAAGCUAGUUUAUUGCAGAGGUUUUAAGCACUGGCUAUUGUGUUAGUAGCGAGGGGGAAAAGGAGAGCUUCUGCUGGCUUGUCCACGUACAUGGAAGACAUCAACCUAUGUCAUAUUGAACGUUGGUUGACGGGAAUGACAGAUCGACAUCACAUUUAGCAACGGUGGAUGUGUCAGCUCCUGUUGGGAACAGGAUAUCUGUGUAUGUCGCCUGUCAGUGAAAGUGGAGAGACUUCUUUCAUCAUGAACAUUGUGCCUUCUGCCUCUAACUGAGCAACCACAAGCACAAAUCAGUGUGAUCGUUAGCUUGCAUCUGAGCUUACCCACCCUACUUUUGCCGCUCGCCUUGAGUCUUCAGCUCGGAACAUGUAUGGUAGCGCCCGCUCGGUCGGCAGAGGGGAUGCCAACCAUAGUGGAGGCAGGGAUGCAGGCGGGGGCACUAAUCAGGGAUCGGGUCGCUCCCCUCGCCUCCCUCGCUCCCCCCGCAUGGGCCACCGUCGCACUAACAGCACCGGGGGCAGCGGAGGAGGUCCCGGUGGCGCGGGAGGCAAGACGCUCUCGAUGGAGAACAUCCAGUCCCUCAACGCAGCAUAUGCCACCUCGGGGCCGAUGUACCUGAGCGACAAUGAGGUGGCUGUGGGGGAGCACCUCCCCAAAAGUGCAGGCGGGGCUGUGACCACCAUGGGGCGUCAGCGGGUGACCUACGGAUCAAGGAGCAGCGGUGGCGUGGUGGCAGCGAGCACACCCAACAUCUCCACCUCGGUGCCUUCGAGCACAGUGCUGCCUGCGGGCCUUAUGGCGGGCGACGCUUUGGCUUUUGGGGACCACCACAUGGCGUCCACGGUACCCCAUUCUUUAAGGCAGGCAAGGGACAACACCAUACUGGACCUUCAGGCCCAACUCAAAGAGGUUCUGCGGGAAAACGAAUUGUUGCGGCGGGAAGUGGAAGUCAAAGAGAGCAAGCUGAGCUCGUCCAUGAAUUCCAUCAAAACAUUUUGGAGUCCAGAGCUGAAAAAGGAGCGAGCGCUCCGCAAAGAUGAGGUGUCGAAGAUCUGUGUGUGGAAGGAACAAUACCGUGUGAUUCAAGACGAAUCUCAGCACCUCCAGAUGACCGUGCAGGCGCUCCAGGAUGAGCUAAGGAUCCAGCGGGAUCUAAACCAGCUGCUGCAGCAAGACCCCGCCAGCCAUGGCCGAGAUCUGGCCUUGGCGUCGGAACCGACCGAAGAGAACUUUAGGCGGCUGCAUUGUGAACAUGACAGGCAGGCCAAGGAACUCUUUCUUCUUAGGAAAACCUUGGAGGAGAUGGAGAUGAGAAUUGAGACGCAGAAGCAAACUCUUGGGGCCCGAGAUGAAUCCAUUAAGAAACUAUUGGAGAUGUUGCAAAGCAAAGGUCCAUCUGCUAAGGCAUCAGAGGAGGACCAGGAGCGCACCAGGAGGCUGGCUGAUGCAGAGAUGCACUGGCAUCACCUGGAAAGUUUACUAGAUCAGAGAGAGCGAGAGAUAACUGCGUUGAGAGAAGAGCUGCAUCGCAGAUAUGAGGGCACACCAGAGUCCACCAAAACAAAGGCUUUACAAACAGUCAUUGACAUGAAGGAUGCAAAGCUCAACUCAAUGGAACGAAGCCUGAGGGACAUGGAGGAGGAGCUGCUCAUGAUGAAGUCAAAUGGGCUUCUGAGCUGUGAAGAGCGACAGGAGGAGAUGAAGCAAAUGGAGGUCUACCGCAGCCACACCAAGUUCAUGAAGAGCAAGAUGGACCAGGUGAAGCAAGACCUCUCCCGGAAGGACACCGAGCUGCUCGGCCUGCAGACAAAGUUGGAGACGCUCACUAACCAGUUUUCAGACAGUAAACAGCACAUUGAGGUCCUGAAGGAGUCUCUUACUGCCAAGGAACAGAGGGCUGCCAUUUUACAGACAGAGGUGGAUGCCUUGCGUCUGCGCUUGGAAGAGAAGGAGGCCACUUUGAAUAAAAAGAGCAAGCAGAUCCAAGAAAUGUUUGAAGAGAAAGGCACGCUUAGUGGAGAGAUCCAUGACCUCAAGGACAUGCUUGAGGUGAAGGAGCGCAAAGUCAACGUGCUUCAGAAAAAGAUUGAAAACUUGCAGGAGCAGCUGAGGGACAAGGAGAAGCAGAUGAGCAGCCUAAAGGAGAGAGUCAAGUCUUUGCAGGCUGACACGUCCAACACAGACACUGCCCUCACGACGCUGGAGGAGUCUCUUGCUGAAAAGGAACGAAUCAUAGAGCGAUUAAAGGAGCAGCGAGAUAGAGACGACCGAGAGAAGACUGAAGAGCUGGACUCCAACAAGAAGGAGCUGAAAGAGUUGAAGGAGAGGCUGAGUUUACUGCAGGGAGACCUGUCAGACAGGGAGACGUCUCUGCUGGACCUGAAAGAGCACGCGUCAUCGCUGGCCUCCUCCGGCCUGAAGAAAGACUCCAAACUAAAAAGUCUGGAGAUCGCCCUCGAGCAGAAGAGGGAGGAGUGUCUCAAACUAGAUAACCACCUUAAGAGGGCUCAGAAUGCAACUCUUGAAGCUCAGGCCAACACCGAGCUGGCGGAGCGUAUUAAGAGCCUGAAACAGGAAGUGGCCCGCCACAAAGAGGAUUCUGGGAAAGCACAAGCCGAGGUGGACCGCCUGCUGGAGAUCCUCCGGGAAAUGGAAAAUGAGAAAAAUGACAAAGACAAGAAGAUCAACGAGCUGGAGGGGCAGAUGAAAGAUCAGACAAAGAAGGUGGCAUCUCUGAAGCACAAAGAGCAGGUGGAAAAAAGCAAGAAUGCCCGACUGAUGGACGAGGCUAAGAAGCGUGAGGACAACAUGUCUGAGAGCUCACUGCAGGUGAAGGACUCUUUGCGUCAGAAGUCGGAGCGCAUCGAGGAGCUGGAGGAGGCCUUGAGAGAGAGCGUGCAGAUCACCGCCGAGCGAGAGAUGGUGCUUGCUCAGGAGGAGGCUGCCAGGUCCCUGCAGGAGAAACAGAUGGAGGAACUGCUUGGAGCCAUGGAGAAAGUGAAGCAGGAGCUCGAAUCCAUGCGGGCCAAACUCUCCUCCACCCAGCAGUCUCUGUGCGAAAAGGAGGCUCAUCUCACCACCCUGAGAGCCGAACGCAGGAAGCAUCUGGAGGAAGUGCUGGAAAUGAAGCAAGAGGCGCUGCUGGCGGCCAUUAGUGAGAAGGAUGCAAACAUUGCUCUGCUGGAGUUGUCCUCCUCCAAGAAAAAGAAGACUCAGGAUGAAGUGUCUUUGUUGAAGCGAGAGAAAGAUCGACUGGUGCAACAACUCAAGCAGCAGACUCAGAACCGCAUGAAGUUGAUGGCAGACAACUAUGAGGACGAACAUCUAAAGACAGCCCCUGACCAUACAAACCACAGGCCCUCCCCAGACCAGAUGAUAACCCCUGUUGUAGCCCUGUGCCAGAACCGCAGCAAGCUCAAGCUCUACAUAGCCCACUUGACCGACCUCUGCUACGACCGCGAUCCGAGCAUCCUCAGCCAGCUCACGCCGCCCGCCCACUAUCACCGCAGCGACCCGGACGACUGGGAGGAGGAGCUCCUGAAGAUGACGGCGGAACAGUUGGAGAAGGAGCUAGAGCUAUGCGAAAGGGAAAGCGGUGAGCUGCAGGAGUACGCCAACUGCGUCCUGCAGCAGAUUGCCGACUGCUGCCCUGACAUCUUGGAGCAGGUUGUCAAUGCGCUGGAGGAGUCGUGCUGACCCACGGGAGCGGCCCAGGUUUGCUCGGACCCCAUUUCAUCUCCAGCUUUUGACAAGGCCCUCCCCACGGGGUUACAAUAACUACCAAAACUCGCCUGAAAGUGCUUUCCUGUCCCAUUUUGACACCAUUUGAUUCCUAUAUUGACAUUUAACCAGCUGUGUUAAGACACAAGUGAAAGAAAGAGCACAAUAUUUAACAUAACGCAAGAUUAUUGCACACUUUGAGAGUACAGUGGAACUUCACAGCCCCCACUUGCAUAAUCACAAGUCGCGUGUUAUGAAAAUCCAAACAGAAAAGAACUAGCAAGGUUCUAUCUAAUGAGGUCUCGUGCACACAAAGGUGAUUCUAAAUCAAAACUUAACUAAAAAUGUGGGAUUUCCCCCAAAGUUGUAAUUGAAUUCCAAAUUGGUUUUCUUUUUUUAGAGGUUCCACUGUAUUGAAAUCUCAUACUUGAGCACAAAGUCUGAAGGUUUACUGCUGGCGUUCCUUCUUUUCUGUGGCUGGAGGCAUUUGCAGUGGAAUCAGGCACAGUUCUGUCACAUGUUGAGUCUUUAACGGAAAAGGGCUGUUCACGUGGGGAAGGAAAGCACUCGGGCUCGGUGGGGUGCUGGGGACCACGCCAGUCUGAAUUCCCUCCCUUAUGGACUGCAAGCUACUGGUGGGAACAUAAUUUGAUCUCUGAGCUACGGAUCUUUGCAAUUACAUCUUUUGUUACUUGCCUGGCUCAGGUGCCAGGGGUCUUGCUCUGUAGUCCUUUUAAAGGAGACAUAUUAUGAAAGAAUAUUAUGACCCCUCAUUGUUAGGGGAUGCAAGGAAAUGGGGCAGCAUUUCUUUACGUAACACUAAAAAGCCAAUUCUCAUAAUUUGUCUCCUUUAAUAAUAUAGACGAGAGAGACCGAGAGAGGGGCGUUUUUAAACUUUUAUUCUGUCAAUGGUUUUGCACAUUGGGUUCACUUGUUAUGAGGUAUGCAAUGUUUCUUUGGAGAACGUUCUAGUGGCCUUGAAGCAUGUACGGGAGGUUGGGGGUGGGUGAGACAGUAGCCGACCUAACCCGGGGAUGUUCCCCCCCCCACCCUGUACUAUUGGUGCUCUCAAGGCACAAUCUUAAAAUUGGUCCCUGUGAUCUAUUUGGCAUUGAUCUCAAGUUCCUAAUAGAUGUUACAAGGCACAAAAUGUUCAGUUGGCCAAAUGCCACAAAAAGAAAGUAACGGCUCUAACUUUGUUCAGUGGUCUCUUCAGGGCUCUUUUAAUUUGACUUUUUAAAAUCCGUUUGUAAAUAAAGUGAUAUUUAACACGUGCUGUGACUGAAUUGAGGUAAGUGGGCCAUGUCGUGCAUUCUUUUUUGAAAAGAAGAAAAAAAUACUAAGCAGUGCCAUUGUCUACUUUUGUCACAGAGAAAUAAAAGUGUGAGUACUGCUGUCUUAAGUAUGGAGAAUCUUCUAUAGAAAUAUAUGAACAUAAAUGCGUAGGUAUGUAUAAAUGUUAACUGUAUGGCUAUACAAUGAAUGUUUGCACAGAAUCUCCAGGAGUGACAAAAAAUGUAAUUUGCGUCACUUGGGAAAAGAAAAUGUUUCCACACCAGGUGUGAUGGGAAGAAAAUACUUUUUGUUUUGAACAUUUAGUGUUGUCAGUGAGCUCCAUAUAAGCCUGAAAGAACUAUGUCAAGCUCAUUUCAGUUAUAGUGGCACCUCCAAAGUCCUAGUGCCCCCAUAAAGUAAUUCUAAAAAUAUUUACUGUUAAGUGGAGCUUGAAAUAAAUUUUAUUCUGGGGGAAAUGGGAAGUUCACUGUUGGACUUUGGCUGAUCCGCUGUACUGUAACUCUGUAGGAGGCCUGGGAAGAAAAUGCAGGUCCAGUCUAGGAAGUAACUUGUUCUUACUUGCUUCAUGAAUUGGAAGGUGGACUUGCCACUGCAACAACCAAGAGUGUGUUUCUUUUCCGUUCAGUCUGUGUGUCUUCUUGCAUUUGACUUAAUGUCUCAUGUCAUCUCUUAAACAAAAUCUGUCGAGGAAUUCAAGUGACUUUAUUUUUAAAUUUUAUAUUAUUCAGAGGAAUUCCUUUGUUUUGGUAUUCGUAAAAGAAACGUGUUCUGCCUUGGAUCUGUUUGUUGCAAAAAAAAAAAAAAAAAGCCCGGCCAUAUUUCCGAGUUGUUUGGAAUUUGUAUGGAUGUAAAUGAAUAAAUUAUAAGCCUUG